CGAAGGUGCGGAGCUGCUCCGGCUGGGCCCGCGGGGGAGCCCCGGGCGCCGCACGUGUCCUGGGUCAUGAAACUUAAUCCACAGCAAGCUCCAUUAUAUGGCGAUUGUGUGGUUACCGUGUUGCUGGCUGAAGAGGACAAAAUUGAGGAUGAUGUAGUUUUCUACUUGGUAUUUUCGGGUUCCACCCUCCAUCACUGCACAAGUACCCGGAAGGUCAGUGCUGAUACGCUGGAGACCAUUGCUCCUGGUCACGACUGCUGUGAGACUGUGAAGGUGCUACUCUGUGCUUCCAAGGAGGGCCUCCCCAUAUUCGUGGUGGCUGAAGAAGACUUCCAGUUCAUCCAGGAUGAGGCAUACGAUGCAGCCCAGUUCCUGGCGACCAGUGCUGGGAAUCAGCAGGCUCUGAACUUCACCCGUUUUCUUGACCGGUCGGGACCCCCGGCUGGGGAUGUGAAUACCCUUGAUGAGAAGGUUGCUCUGGCAUUCAGACACCUGAAGCUGCCAGCAGAGUGGAAUGUGUUGGGAACAGAUCAGACUUUGCAUGAUGGCGGCCCCCGAGAGACAUUGAUGCAUUUUGCCGUGCGGCUGGGGCUGCUGAGGUUGACGUGGUUCCUGUUGCAGAAGCCAGGUGGCCGAGGGGCUCUCAGCAUCCACAACCAGGAAGGAGCGACACCUGUGAGCUUGGCCUUGGAGCGGGGUUAUCACAAGCUGCACCAGCUUCUGACGGAGGAGAAUGCUGGGGAACCAGACUCCUGGAGCAGUUUAUCCUAUGAAAUCCCAUAUGGAGACUGUUCUGUGAGACAUCAUCGAGAGUUGGACGUCUAUACAUUAACCUCUGAAUCCGAAUCACAUCAUGAAGCCCCAUUUCCUGGAGACAGUUGCACUGGACAUAUUUUUAAACUUAUGAACAUCCAGCAGCAGCUAAUGAAAACAAACCUUAAGCAGAUGGAAAAUCCUGUGCCCUUAAUGGUGGCGGCACAGGAUCCUUCAAGUCUGCCCAGUGCCCAAGACCCAGAUGGCCAGUUUCUUGGCUGCACGUCAGAUCCUGGGGACGGCCAGCCACACUCGUCUCUUCCCGAAGACCCUGAGCACCCUCUGUGCGGCCACGGGAGCACUGUGGGGGAGAUGGAAAGUUCCUCCUAUUUGUCAGGUGUGGCUGAGGAAGAGAAUACAGACUGUUCCUAUGAGAAGGGAACCAAAGGUGUGGGGAGAGCCGGGGAAGAGGCGGAGCCAUCAUUGGCUGCAGACUGUGGAACGGUGUCUGAGCCCAGCAGCUGCCUGGGGAGCACGCCUGCUUGUGGAGGGGAGGGCACAGGAGACUUUCCAUCCUGUGGAAUCAGAAAUGGAGAAACUGGAACAAAAUCUUCUGCAUUGGCCCCAGAGCAGGAGUCUCCAAAACCUGGAGACAGUGUUCUGCAGGGAGACGUGGGCAUGCAACUGGGCACCGCUCCCACUCCGCAUUUCUCUGGAGGUGACCUGGCAGUCAGCGUCCCAGUGACUGCAGGGGAGACAGAACGUGGUCUCCUGAGCUCAGACACCACCAUCCAGAAGGACGUGCUUGAGGUAAGGGAACGUACAGAGGAAAAGUUUGAGAACUCUAAUAUCAGCACAGCUGGAGUCUCUGACGUAAAAGUCACAAGACAGCCUGCAGAUAAAGCCUUUGUUCCAAACUGCGUCUCUGCCCCUGGCUGCCCGGAUGGUAACAAACCUGCUGAGUCUUUACUUGAGUCUAGCAAGGGAGAAGCCUGCCCUGUGAAAACUGCAGAAACAGAAACUUCAGGAAGUUGUGAAGAGGGUGCUGGGCCUCCUGUGGAUCAGAGCUCCCUGGUAGUUCCAACUGCUGCAGAAGACACGGCUUCAGAUGGGCUUGAUCCUUCUGCUCCCUUGGCAGGCACAAGUGAGGCAGUGUCACCCUCUGCUCUGACCUUUCCCGGGCCACGAAAAGAUGCGCCAAACCAGAAAUCAGAACCUGAUUCAUCUCCCAUUCAGAGCUGUUCUACAGCUGGAGGGGACACUCUGGGUGCCACCCCUGCCCGUGGGCAGAGCACAGGGACUUCUGGUGGCGUGCUUGCUGCGGGACACUGUGAUGGCCUAGGUACCCGGCCUGAGAGCACUGGCCCAGGACUAUCCCCCACGCAGCAUCCCCCCCCGGCCUUCUGCUGUGAAGGUCCACAGGCUCACACAGCCACCGCUGGCCCCCUAAGAUUAGACACCCAGGAACAGGUGGAAUUUUGUCCUCUUGAAGUUUCGGAUACAAAGGGCCACGGUAAAGAUUUGAACCUAGGAACAGCUUUAACAAAUAUGCUUGAGGUGCCUCCACAGGCAGUUGUCCCCAAAGCCGAGAAAGAACCGGUGCCGGACCAGGCAGUGACAUCAGAUGAGACUUCUCUGGCAAGCAGUCCAGGCAGUGAAUCAGUAACCAAAGAUGACGCACUUUCUCUUGUCCCCUCCCAGAAAGAAAAGGGAACAGCAACUCCCGAACUACAUACAGCUACAGAUAGUAGAGAUGGCCCAGGCAGAGAUUCGAGCGAUCCUGAUAAGCAGCCAUUAGAAGACGGUGCCACGGGCCUACCUGCGCCCUCCACUGCUCUCCGUCUUCAGCCCAGCAUGGGGAAUACCAGUCCCAUGGGACUUGGUGGGGAACAUGGGGGUCCCUGCCUCUCAGCAGCCCCUGAAGCCCUGGAUAUCGAGGGGGGCGGCGCUGACUCUUUUCCGCUACGUGCGGGUAAGGCCACUGUGGCCUCUGAUUCCAUUCUGACUGAACAAGGGAAAAAUCUGGUGGUUCCAGAAGUCUCUGAAGCUCAGGGACAAGAUGGCAGGGAUAAAGCAGUGACUUGUUCCUCAGGAACGUUUCACGAAGAGCAGAGAACACCACCUCCUGGACAGGAGGCACUGCGAUUCUUUGGAGAGCCUAGCUCAGCCGCCUGUGCUGAGGACAGAGCACUUGAGCGCCAUAAUUCACUGGGCACACCCUCAGCCUGUCUGAACGCAGAAACUAAGCAUAACAAGGAAGUGGCCCCACCAGUCUCUCUGCUGACUGAAGGUGGGGCUGCACAGAGCCUUGUACCACUGGGAGCAAGUCUGGCUGCAGACCCACGCCAGGAAGCCUUCAGUGCAGAGCAGAGCAGCUCGACUCCAUUGCCAGGCCUGUUACCAGAUGGGUCAGAGGCUCUUCCUGGCAAUCGAUCUUCUGCUCUGGAUGUUGGAGUGCAAAACCCUGAAACCCAAGGUAAAGACACUGCUGGCGAGGUGAGCGGAAAUGUGGGGUUGGAUGUUGCCGUGGUUAGUGCUUUACAAGAUACUGUCGGGGCCAGAACAAAGGCUGUAUCACACAACGCCCAAGACCUCCUGAUUUCAAAAGUCUUGAGCCAGGAGAAGAUUAUGAUCCUGGGUUUACCAGGAACUUUAGCAGACAAGGGUGUGACUGACCUACAGGGCACUGCAGCUCCAGAGAUGGUACCUCUCGGUUGGCAGGAAGCAGCCCACAGCUGUGGCGUGGCCGACUCCAGGGAGCAACAGGUGGAUGCUGACGCACAUCACGUCCCACAGCAGCCUCUUGGCAAAGAGCUCCCCACUGAGACCGGACUCUCAAGCAGUGGUGACCAGGCCCCAGACAGGGCAAGGGGCGCUCCCCCUCUACCUUGUGCUGUGUCUCUGCCUGAGAGAGCAGACUCCAUCGAGGAGGCUGCAAGUCGCAUAGUGGAGGCCGUCCUAGACCAAGUCAAGUCCUCGGGAGCACUGAUCACUGGUCCGGGGAUCAGUCACAUGUCACUGUCCAAGCCUUCAGAGUCUGGCCCGGUGACUGGGCAGCCAGAGAGCGCUUCUGCAGGGAAAGGGAGCACUUUUCCGCCUGGGUGGACCCCACACAUGGGCAGUAUCUGUGAAGAAGCCCCUGGCAAACUUGCAGGGGGUUUGGCUGAAAGGGAGGAGCCAGAGAAGAUGGUUCUGCCCACUGAAGGAUCUGAGCCAGCAGCAGGUCAGUUCGAUUCGUACUCUGAUGCCACCACCUGUCACCAGGUGCAGACAGAGGGCCUGUCUCCAUGCUCACCCCCAGGCUGUGUGGAAAUGCCAGACUUGAAAGCUGCAGACGAAGUGGAUUUUCUGAGUAAUACCAGGGCGAGCUCGGCUUCUGCAGAGGUGGCCGUAGGAGACCCAGCCGCCACACCUGACGUGAAGCAAGGCCUGGCGACCCGGGCGAUAAACCGAGAAAGCUGGUGUGCAAUAAAGCCGUGCCCUGAUACAGCAUCUCUGUUGGCCCCCGCACAGAGCCCAGACUGUGAGAACUUCCUGGAUGUUGGACUGGGCAGAGAAUGUGCCUCAAAACAAGGUGUCCUCAAAAGAGAGUCCGGCAGUGACUCUGACCUCUUUCACUCACCCAGCGAAGAAGUGGACAGCAUUGUCUUCCCCAAGCCCGAGGACGAGCCGCUGGUCUGUGAUAUCACCGGAUCCAGUUCCUCCACCGACGACACCGCUUCCUUGGAUCGACAUUCUUCUCACGGCAGUGAUGUUUCCCUCCCCCAGAUUUCAAAUUUGAACAGGUCCAGAGAUCAGCAGUGUCUUGACGGCUUCUACAGCCAUGGUGUGGGAGCUGAGGGCCGAGAGAGCGAGGGUGAAGCUGCCGGCUCAGGUGAGAUGGAGGAGGAGGAGAUGGACAGCAUCACCGAGGUGCCCUCGAACUGCUCCGUGCUGAGGAGCUCUAUGCGCUCCCUGUCCCCUUUCCGGAGGCACAGCUGGGGUCCUGGGAAGAACGCGGCCAGUGAUGCUGAAAUGAACCAGCGCAGUUCAUUGCGAGUUCUUGGGGAUGUUGUCAGGAGACCUCCCAUUCAUAGGAGAAGUAUGAGCUGGUGUCCCUCUGGUGUACAAUACUCUGCUGCCCUGAGUGCUGACUUUAAUUACAGAAGUUUCAGCCUAGAAGGCUUGGCAGGAGGAACUGGUGCUGGAAACGAGCCAUCUUCGUCUCUAGGUGUAGACUCCAUAAACACCAAAGAGCUCAGGCACCCUUUCAGUGGGGAAGAAAGGGGUGACUCUUUGGUGUCACUUUCAGAGGAGGAUCUGGAAUCAGGCCAGAGAGAACAUAGGAUGCUUGAUCAGCAGGCAUGUCACAGAUCUAAACAACAGGGAUUCAAUUAUUGUACAUCAGCCGUUUCUUCUCCGCUAACAAAAUCCAUCUCAUUAAUGACAAUCAGCCAUCCUGGGUUGGACCAUUCACGGCCGUUCCUCGGUACCAGUGCCAACCUGACCGAGAGCAUAACAGAAGAGACCUAUAGUUUCCUGCCACAAAGCCCCUCCAAGAAAGAUUUUGAAGGGAAGAGUGGAACAAAAGUCAGUCGUACAUUCAGCUACAUCAAGAAUAAAAUGUCCAGCAGCAAGAAGAGCAGAGAAAAGGAAAAAGAGAAAGAGAAAAUCAAAGAGAAGGAGAAAGAGUCGAAGGAGAAGGAGAGGGACAAGAAGAUGGUCAACGGGCACACUUUCAGUCCCAUCCCUGUUGUCGGCCCGAUCAGCUGUAGCCAGUGCGUGAAGCCCUUCGCCAGCAAGGACGCCUACACGUGUGCAGGUUGCAGUGCUUUUGUCCACAAAGGCUGUAGAGAAAGUCUGGCCUCCUGUGCAAAGGUCAAAAUGAAGCAGCCCAGAGGGAGCCUUCAGGCACAGGACACAUCUUCGCUGCCCACAGUCAUCAUGAGGAGCAAGCCCUCACAGCCCAAGGAGCGUCCUCGAUCUGCAGUCCUCCUGGCGGAUGAAGCUACUGCCAUUCCCAUGUUUGCCAACAGACGGUCCCAGCAGAGUGUCUCACUCUCCAAGAGCGUCUCCAUACAGAACAUUGCUGGAGUUGGCAAUGACGAGAACAUAUCAAACACCUGGAAAUUCCUGUCUCAUUCAACAGACUCACUAAAUAAAAUCAGCAAGGUCAAUGAGUCAACAGAGUCACUAACUGAUGAGGGAGUAGGUACAGACAUGAAUGAAGGACAGCUAAUGGGGGACUUCGAGAUGGAAUCCAAACAACUAGAAGCCGAGUCCUGGAGUCGCAUAGUGGACAGCAAGUUUCUGAAACAGCAAAAGAAAGAUGUGGUCAAACGGCAAGAAGUGAUUUAUGAGUUGAUGCAGACAGAGUUGCACCACAUCCGGACGCUGAAGAUCAUGAGCGACGUGUACAGCCGGGGGAUGAUGACGGAGCUGCUCUUUGAGCAGCAGACGGUGGAGAAGCUCUUCCCCUGUUUGGAUGAGCUGAUCAGUAUCCAUAGCCAGUUCUUUCAGAGGAUCCUGGAGCGGAAGAAGGAAUCUCUGGUGGAUAAAAGUGAAAAGAACUUUCUCAUCAAGAGGAUGGGAGAUGUGCUUGUAAAUCAGUUUUCAGGGGAGAAUGCAGAACGCCUAAAGAAGACGUACGGCAAGUUUUGUGGGCAGCAUAACCAGUCUGUGAACUACUUUAAAGACAUUUAUACCAAGGACAAGCGGUUCCAGGCCUUUGUGAAGAAGAAGAUGAGCAGCGCCGUCGUGAGGAGGCUGGGAAUCCCAGAAUGCAUAUUGCUGGUGACCCAGCGGAUCACCAAAUACCCAGUUUUAUUCCAAAGAAUAUUGCAGUGUACCAAAGACAAUGAUGUGGAGCAGGAAGAUCUGGCUCAGUCCCUGAGCCUGGUGAAGGAUGUGAUUGGAGCUGUGGACAGCAAAGUGGCAAGUUAUGAAAAGAAAGUGCGUCUCAAUGAAAUUUAUACAAAGACAGACAGCAAGUCGAUCAUGAGGAUGAAGAGCGGCCAGAUGUUUGCCAAGGAGGAUUUGAAGCGGAAGAAGCUCGUGCGGGAUGGGGCUGUGUUUCUGAAGAACGCAGCAGGAAGGUUGAAAGAGGUUCAGGCAGUUCUGCUUACUGACAUUUUAGUGUUCCUUCAAGAAAAAGACCAGAAAUACGUCUUCGCAUCACUGGACCAGAAAUCAACAGUGAUCUCGUUAAAGAAGCUGAUUGUCAGGGAAGUAGCACAUGAGGAGAAAGGUUUAUUCUUAAUCAGUAUGGGGAUGAAGGACCCAGAGAUGGUGGAAGUGCAUGCCAGCUCCAAGGAGGAGCGAAACAGCUGGAUUCAGAUCGUUCAGGACACGAUCAACACCCUGAACAGAGAUGAAGAUGAAGGAAUUCCGAGCGAGAAUGAGGAAGAAAAGAGGAUGCUGGACACCAAAGCCCGAGAACUGAAAGAGCAACUUCAACAGAAGGACCAGCAGAUCCUCCUCUUACUGGAAGAGAAGGAGAUGAUUUUCCGAGACAUGACUGAGUGCAGCACCCCCUUGCCGGAGGAUUGCUCCCCGACUCACAGCUCUAGAAUCCUCUUCCGCUCCAACACAGAAGAGGCUCUCAAAGGAGGACCUUUAAUGAAAAGUGCAAUAAAUGAGGUGGAGAUCCUUCAAGGUUUGGUGAGUGGAAGCCUGGGAGGCACGCUUGGGCAGGUUGUCAGUAGCCCUGUUGAGCAAGAAGGCAUGGUUGGUCCUGUUUCCUUGCCCCGGAGAGCAGAGACCUUUGGAGGAUUUGACAGCCACCAGAUGAAUGCUUCAAAAGGAGGUGAGAAGGAAGAGGGGGAGGAUGGCCAAGACCUGAGGAGAACCGAAUCCGAUAGUGGUCUGAAAAAGGGUGGAAAUGCUAACGUGGUAUUUAUGCUUAAAAGAAACAGUGAGCAGGUUGUCCAGAGUGUCGUUCAUCUCCACGAACUCCUCAGCACACUGCAGGGCGUGGUGCUGCAGCAGGACAGCUACAUCGAGGACCAGAAGCUGCUGCUGGCGGAGCGCGCACUCGCGCGGAGCUCGUCGCGCCCCAGCUCCCUGGUGGAGCAGGAGAAGCAGCGCAGCCUGGAGAAGCAGCGCCAGGACCUGGCCAACCUGCAGCGGCAGCAGGCGCAGCACCAGGAGGAGAAGCGGCGGCGCGAGCGCGAGUGGGAGGCCCGCGAGAGGGCGCUGCAGGAGCGCGAGGCGCGGCUGGCGCAGCGCGAGCAGGACGUGCGGCGGGGCCAGCAGGAGCUGGAGCGCGAGCGCGACGAGCUGCAGCACCGGAAGGGCGCCUACCAGUGCGACCUGGAGAGGCUGCGCGCCGCGCAGAAGCAGCUGGAGCGGGAGCAGGAGCAGCUGAGGCGCGACGCCGAGCACCUCAGCCAGAGGCAGGCGGAGCACGACGCCCGGCAGGUGUCACAUCAGCACACCAAGCUGCUGAGGAUCCCAUCCUUCCUUCCGAAUCCUGAGGAGUCCCCCUUGCCAUCUGCACCUUCGAUCGCCAAAUCAGGAUCCCUGGACUCAGAACUCUUGGUGUCCCCAAAAAGGAACAGCCUCUCUCGGACACACAAAGAUAAGGGGCCUUUUCACAUACUGAGUUCCACCAGCCAGCCAAACAAAGUGCCCGAGGGUCAGGGCCAGACCCCCGUGCCCGCCUCCGCCUCCACCCGCCUGUUUGGGUUGGCUAAGCCAAAGGAUAAGAAGGAGAAAAAGAAGAACAAAAAGGGCAGCCGCUCUCAGCCUGGUGAUGGCCCCGCGUCAGAAGUGCCCGCGGAGGGUGAAGAGAUCUUCUGCUAACCCUGCCCUCUGCCAUGGCCACUGCCUCGUGUCCAGCCCUGCCUCUCCUGCUGUUCCUGGGGGUGGUCUCUUACCUUGGACACCCGAACUGCCCCAGGUCCUGGACCAGAGGGACAAAUGGUCUCGAGUGUCAGGGUGGGGCAGGAGACCCGGGAUUGGCGGCUGCCGACGGCUCCCGGCUCGGGGCGGCCCUACUGAGGAUGUUACACUGAAAGUAGGUGGCCCCAGAAGUCCAGGCGAUGGUUUCGGACAUGUCAGGAAUCUCUAAAGGCUGAAAGAAGUUUCCAAAUAAGGUCUGAAAUUCUACCUGCCUUUUAUUUGAGGGACAUAAGCAACAAACAGCAGAUAGUUUGGAUUUGGUCUGUGUACAUAGAGUUACCCGUCUGCAUAUACACAUGGGCCGUGCCAGAAUUAGGCGCCAUCUGUAGCAGGGGCCUGGUCAGCUUGACGCAGGAGGUGCUGCCUGACCCUGCGCCGGGAGCACACGGGCGCUCGGCCCGUCCCCCCCCCCCCCUUGUCCUCCAAGGUGGUUUUCUCGUCAGCCUACCCCGUGCACACCUCCCCUCUUUCUGCAUGUAUUUCUCGAUCUUAGAAGGGCUGGCAGGCAUUUGUGAAAACCAGUGAGAGGAGGCAUGAUGUGUUCAAAAAACAUAUAUACACACACACACAAACGUGUGUGUGUGUGUGUAUAUACAUGUGAUCUGUACCAUCUUGAUUUUGGUGUUCGUCAUUAAAAAAAAAAAAUCUAAUUUUAACAUGAAAUCCAAAGAAAUAGACUGGCUUUCCAAGAUGUUUGCCCACAUACUCUAGGCACAGAUGCAGUAAAGCAGUCUCCUUGUCCUUACUCCUGCAUUGUGCCACUUUCUGGUUGUCACUGACCCCCGGCCUCCGGCACCAUCCCAGGGGAAGCCACUGCUCCACAGCAAGGUUGUCCCCACCCCUGCACUAGGACAGGGCCCCCGGCCCCUCUCAUUUUUAUACCAGGACAGCCUGAGAGGGAGCUGGCCCAGGUGUGGCUGGGAAACGUGCUCAUUCAGUAUUAGGAGGCCAGGGCAGAAUUUGAUUUCUUAACCCAUUUUCCAAAUCUAAGGGUCUGUUGGUUAUUGUACCGCACCCCCUCGAAGGUGCCAGAUGCGGCCUGCUUUCUCUGCGCUUUCCCGCACUGUUGGUGAUCUGUAUUUGCUUGAGGCUCGUGAGCAGCUGCUGGGAGCAGGAUGGUUUGUGGAGUUCUCUGAGGCCCCCUCUCCCUGCUGGACUCACUGCUCCCCUGUGAGGGGAGACCCUGGAGAAGUCUGUGCUUUCGGUGUGCCCUGCAUUCCUGCUUCUCGCCCCUCAGGAGCAUGGGUCUUUGAACAUACUUUUUAGAAAAACGAAAUCUGUAACUUGGUGCUUGUUGAUGAAUUGCAAGCUGGCCUUGCAGAUGGAGAUAUUUAUCUUUCAGUUUAUUUGAAAGAGGUCUGGUUUAAAAUUUUUAGCUUAGAUUUGUUUAUUUAUUUGUGUGUGUGUGUGUAUGUGUGUGUGUGUGUGUGUGUUUUAAGCCCUACGGUUUCAACUGUCUGAUCCGUGCAGAACAUGACCAGCCACAGUGCUCCUCCCUCCUCAGUGUCUGUCAAAGUGCGUGAGGGCCCAAAGGAAAAUGAAAGGGGGAUCCAUUCCCUUCCUCCCCUCCCCCCACCUCCUUCUUC